CGUUAGGGUCUCAGUGUGAAAAAUCCUCACAACUCGAACGGCCUUCCCAUCGUAUAGAUCGUAUGUAUAUUUCUUGUUUUCGAAAUUUAUUCAACUUAAAUUUUCAAAGUAAUCAAUCAACGAGUUGUAUUUUAAACUUUUCUAUUCCUACCGCUUUUGCUACCGCGAACGUGAAUUGUUUAUACCGCCGCUGGUAUCCAUCGAAUAAGAUUGGAACCACCGAACGAACACUGGCGGAUAUUCAAGAUGAAUAAGAAUAAGAAUUCCCAAGGUUUACCACGAUUGCUUCGAAAUUUUUACACUUUACCCAGAGACUGGCAUCAUGUUAUAUUUCACGCAAUUUGUUGUGUCAUUUUGCAAUUUAGAAGUAAUAUUCUCGGCUGGAAAAAAAAUAUUCAAAAAUUCUUGAACAAUGCUUUCUUGCAUAUAUGCGGUCCUCCGUCGCAAUCACGUGUUCCUGUCCCACACCAGGAGCGUCGUAACCGUCGCAACAAGACCGAUAACAAUGGCGAGGACCGCACCGUCGUCAACCGUCGCCCCAAGUACUUGCCCAACUUGAAGGGUCUCCAAGUGCCGCGCGCCCUCCUCGACCACAGCGAUCGCUUUGUGCUGAUUCCAUUGUCCUUGAAACUCCAUCAGCAUGAUGCUGGCGCCGCCAUUGAGUUCCAGGACGAGAAGUGCGUCGGCUUCGACUUGCCGCGCUCCAUGUUUCCGGCCCACGCUCCCCUCGGCAAGGUCACCUAUUUGCCGCGCCAGCUCCUGCCGGCCGGAUUCGAUGCUGGCGGCGUCUUUGGCGGCGGCGUAUUGUCGCGCAAAUUCUAUCCCAUCGGCCUGAUGGGGACGCAGCAGAAGGGCCAGACCCCGCCCCUGUUCGUGGGCCGUCGCUGCGUCGUGGCUGAGCCGCGUCGGCGCCAGCCAGGUCUCACCUCUGUCGUUGGACGGGUGCUGCCGAUCCGCUUCAAUGACUUGAGUGGCGGCACCAACACAUCUGAUAUGAACAAGCGCUUGGAACGCCACGAUAUUGCUGUGGCCCAGAUCGUCCACCAACCGUCCAACAUGCCAGGUAUGGCCGAGUAUCUUAAGAGCCAGAGCCCACCUCAGUUCCACAUGUAUGUCCCGGACAUGAGUGAGUUGGUCCUGGUGACAACCCGUUCCUGCCGCUUAGCUAUGGUGGUCCUGUCGACGGUCUUGCAUCCUCACGUUCCGAUGGUGGCCUACGCCACCUUUGGCGAUGAAGGCGAGGCUAAUUGUCCGCGUUUCGAGUUGCCGCCCGAUGUCUUCCCCAACUGCGAGGGCAUGAUGCUCCCGGUCUUCUUGCCGCCGAAGUACCUGCCAUGCGGCUACGACGCCGGCUGCGUCUUUGCACCGGGCGCCUUGCCGAACUCUGUCUUCGAGGGGCCCCUGGAACUGGGCUCUAACCAGCCGCAGCACAACGCCGCCCUGACUCCGCCCCUGUUUGUGGGCCGCUGCAUGACUGGGAUCACCUUGAUCCCAGGCAACCAUCAGAUGCUCGACCAGCUACACAAACUCGGGAAUGUUUCUCCUGAAAAAGGGUCCGCCACAGCUGCUGCGGCUGCCGCCGCUUUGGGCCCGGCUCUAUCAUCUCUAACCAUUGGAGCGACAACUCCUAGUUUUGGAGUGGAUGGCGAUUGUUAUGAAGUGUUGGACAUGGAAAUCGAGGAGAGCGAGGAGGAGAACGAUUACGAUAUUAGGGGAUGUUCGCACUGCCUAAGGGUACCGCCGACUCCACCGCCACCGUCACAGCCGUGCACGUUGGAGUUUGUGGAGCGUCUGGCUCCCAAGAACUGGCGAAACGAGGUGGUCACGGCGCCGCCAGUCAAGACCUUCGACGUGGACGGCGACAUCGACGCCAUUGGAAAAAUUCUAAACGAGAUGCGCACUAGCGGCGUGGACUUGGUCCUCAAGGGAGAGCUCGGCCAGGGUUUCAACUAUGAUCGCGCCUGCGAACAGUUCCGCGACAUGAUCCAGCGUCGCGACGAGAUCCGCGAGCAGAUGUCCGUUUCGCUGAAUGAGCACGAGGAGAAGAUGCAGCGCUUCAAGAAGCGGGCUCUGCGCCGCGUCAAGAAGGAGGCAUGCAUCAUUGGUGACCCGAACCAAGCAAGCACCAUAUGCUGCUCCACCUGCGGCCAGAUCCACUGUGAAAUACCGUGAUAUUGAAUAACAACUUGAAUAAUUUCAUUAUCAUUUCAUAAUAUGAAUUAUAAUUUGUUGCAAUUUUAUUUAGUA